AUGGACGAGGAGCGGACCGCGCUGCUCUACGCGGUCAGCGCCAUCUGCGACGCCAGCGCGACGCAGGACUUCAUGGACGUCGAGAAUGGGAUCAAGGCCAAGGCGCGACCCAGCGCGUCCAAGGAGACGCUGCAGAUCCUCACGGACGUCGUGCUCAAGCAGGUCGACCUCGUCGCCGUGGACCUGCAGCAGUUUGCGCAGCACGCAGGCCGCAAAAAGAUCUCGGCGGAAGACGUGCUGCUCUGUGCCCGCCGGCAGCCGGACCUGGCCGCGACGCUGCAAGAGUACCACCGCGCCAACUUUCUCGGGAGCGCGACGCGGAAGCGCAAGGACCGAUCGUGA